UUUGUUCUUUGGUCGAGUGGGCGAUUGUUGUUUUUGGUUUUUCGCACGGGUUUGCUACAAAAACAUUUUGUUUAAUUUAUUUUAAAUUUUGGCUGCGUCAGCCUAAGCAACAAUAUCACGAAUGUGUGCAAAAGUUGGGUAAAAUAUAAAUAUACUCGUUUAAAUAUCAAAUAAUUAGAUAAGGUCGCAAUUGUGUUUAAUUGCGUAGUGCGUGGCCAUACAUAAUUAAUGUAAUUAUCGUUUUAAUAUAUGUAUUUGUGGCGAAAAUAUUGAACGCUUUGAAUUGCUGGAGUGAACAAAAUACAAAUGUAUUGCAGUGUUUUCUUUUAUUUUCUGGUUGGAAUUUUAGUACAAUUAAAAUGAAAGAAAUGAAACCGGUUCCGUGCUGUGUGAUGCAGUGAAUAGAUUUUUGUGUUUUUCUUUAUCGAUGAAAAGAAAGCUGAUGCUGUAAUAUGUUAAAAUUAUACGAAUUGCCAAGUGUAAAAGAGUGAAAAGUGGAUAAAUAAAUACAUGUAUACAUACAUGCACACAAGGUAAAGCAGAAUUAAAAGAAAAAAUUUUGUUGCAAAACCAAAUCGGUGUGCUGCAAAAACCAGCUACUCAUUUUAGAAGUGCUGGCAUCGCAAUUUGCAUGGAUUAAAAUUACAUAUCUACAUACAUUUCGCUUUGCUAAAUGGUACACUCUGAUAUGGCAAUUCUUCACUGAUGCCAGUAUACCAUUGUCCAUAUGUAGCCCCAUUGAAUCAUCAGCACUGGAACUAUGCGUGGCAUAAUUUAAUCACAACGAAAGCAAUUGCGUUUUAUUAUUCGUUCCUUUAUCACUUUACUGCUUAUAGUUAUCGUACAUAAUACAUACAUACAUACAUACCUACAUACAUAUGUAUUACAUUUAAAUGUACAAAUAGCUUCUGUACACUAGCACUUCGUACUCUUCCAUAAAACCAUUUGCGUAUCCGCUUAACACAAGGCAAAAUGCCAUCAAUAGCAACAAAGGCAACAGCAAAAUAUUGCAAACUUUUAUCUCUGCUCAUAAUUUUGUGCGGCAUAAACGUUGCCUGCUCGAAAGAUUUACUCGUCAAUUUAGCCGAGGGAUUGGAUGGGCCAAAUGUUUGUAAGAAACGCGAAAAUUAUCCUGUUGAGGUCACCACCACCGAACUGCAAUCAUAUCAGGAACGCCAAACAGUUUGGUGUCUCAAUGUGCCACCACGUUGCUCGACAUAUCAAAUAAAACAUCGCACUAUUAAUAAGACGCGUACGCUUAUGAAAACGCGUAUUGUACGCGCAUGUUGUGAUGGUUACACGGAAAAUCUGAUUGGCGACGGUUGUAUACCCGAAUGCAGUAAAAAAUGCGAACAUGGCAAAUGUAUUGCGCCGGAGAAGUGCAAAUGCGAACAAGGCUGGGGUGGCGAUACGUGCGAUAUAAAUUGCCCAGCUGGUUACUGGGGACGCGAUUGCAGCAAGCCUUGCGACUGCUUAAACAAUGCCACAUGCGAUCCCGCCACCGGUGAAUGCGAAUGCGCCAAAGGAUAUACGGGUGAGAAAUGUGGCGAUACAUGUCCGCCAGAUCGUUACGGCGCCAAGUGUAUGGAGGAGUGUCGCUGUGAGAAUGGCGGCAGCUGCCAUCACAUUUCAGGCGAAUGCAAUUGUGCGCCUGGCUUUACGGGUCCACUUUGUGAAGACCUCUGCCCUGAUGGCAAACAUGGCGUGCAAUGCAAACAAGAUUGUCGCUGUCAGAAUGGCGGCAAAUGUGAUCCGAAGAGUGGGGCUUGCCUGUGCCCGGCGGGUUGGACGGGUGAUGUUUGCGCCAAUAAGUGUCCAGGUGGCUUCUUUGGCGAACACUGCAAAGAGCAAUGUGAGUGCUUCAAAGGUGGGCCAUGUCAUCACAUAAGCGGAAAGUGUGAAUGCCCACCUGGCUAUCUCGGUGAACUGUGCUACGAGGAAUGCCCAUUCAACACCUACGGCCUAAACUGCACGGAGAAAUGCAAGUGUCAGAAUGAUGCGCUCUGCGAUAAGGCGACAGGCGCCUGCCAAUGUGCGCCUGGAUGGCGCGGCGAUGACUGCAGCGAGCGCGUUUGCGCUUACGAUAAAUACGGCGAAGAUUGCAAUAAGACGUGCGACUGUGAUGCGCUCAAUACGCGCGCCUGUCAUCCGGAGACGGGCAAAUGCUACUGUGAGAAUGGUUGGAGUGGCGCGCAAUGCAAUCGACCUUGCCCAUUCCUAAAGUAUGGUCCUAAUUGUGAAUUGAAUUGCGAAUGUGCAAAUUAUGCGCGCUGCUCACCGAUUAAUGGCACUUGCAUAUGCGCGCCGGGUUUCCAGGGCGAAAAGUGCGAGGAGCGUUGUCCGGAGGGUCGUUAUGGGCAGGAUUGCGCACAGAAAUGUGAGUGUGAAAAUGGUGCAGCGUGUUCACCUGAGACGGGACAGUGUAGCUGUACUGCCGGUUGGCGUAAUAUCAAAUGUGAUCGUCCUUGCGACUUGUACUACUACGGCGAAAAUUGUAAAUUCAAAUGUGAUUGUAAAAAUAAUGCGGGUUGUAAUCCACAAAAUGGCACUUGCACUUGUGCGCCCGGCUGGAUGGGCGAAAAAUGCGAUCAGAAAUGUGAGCCGUUUACAUUUGGCCUUGGAUGUGAGUUGCAAUGCGAAUGUGAUGCCAAUAAUACGAUCGCCUGUGAUUCGGCCACGGGCAAGUGUGUCUGCAAGCAGGGCUGGGGAGGUGUACAUUGCGAAACCAAUUGCCCAACGGGUUAUUAUGGCGAAAAUUGUGAUCAAGUUUGCAGAUGCUUGAAUAACUCUUCGUGCGAUCCGGACACUGGACGUUGUAUUUGUGCUGCUGGUUGGACUGGUAUUGACUGUUCAGAGCCAUGUGCGCAUGGGUUCUUCGGUGUGGGCUGCAGAGAACGCUGUCCCGAGUCAGCGCAAAAUAAUACCAGCUGUGACCACAUAACCGGUGAAAUUGUGUGCCGCGCGGGCUACAUUGGUUUGACUUGUAAACACCCCUGUCCGAGCGGUUACUACGGGCCAGGUUGCAAGAAUCAGUGCCAUUGUGAAAAUGGUGGCGAGUGCAAUCAUGUCUCUGGCCAAUGCUUGUGUUUGCCCGGUUGGACUGGUGCCAAUUGCAACAUUUCUUGUCCGGAUGAAUACUAUGGACCGAAUUGCGCGCAACAUUGUCGCUGUCAAAAUGGCGGCACUUGUCGCAAAAAUGACGGAUUCUGUGUGUGUCCAGCUGGCUGGAUGGGCACGCGUUGUGAAGAAGUGUGUCCUGAGGGCUUCUAUGGCAAACACUGCAUCACCCAAUGCGAGUGUCCAUCACAGAACUUCGUCUGUCACAUUGCUGUCGGUUGUGUUUGUCGCAAGGGAUAUACGGGCGAUAAUUGCGAUAUGCUGUUGGCUGAAGAGCGCAUACAACAAGCGCAUGCGGGAUCCAAUCAGUCAGCUAUUGUUUGGGGCUGCUUUAUUUUCCUAAUUCUACUCGGCGUUAUAUUGGCAGUCGUUUUUCAUUAUCGUCGACGCGUUUCUAAUUUGAAAACCGAAAUACAACAUGUACAAUAUAUUAGCGACCCCAGUCAAAGUUGGGCAGAUCGAAAUUUCGACAAUCCCGUUUAUGGUUAUCCAGAAACUCAACAACACCAACAACAGCGUUUACUCAACAAUAUGAGACCGAAGAUAAACGAUUUGGAUCGUAGUGGCAUGUAUACAGAUAACUCGAAUGCGAGCACUGGAUCUGCUUCGUAUUCUGUAAACUUUACACAUGAUAUGUUUGCUAAGAAUUUAAAUGCGGAUCUCACCAAUCCAAACGUUUACGACCCAUAUGAAGAUCCUUUGAAGGAGGAGCAUGUCUACGAUGAAAUCAAGCAGAAAGAAGGUUAUAAUCCCGUCAAAGUGUAUAGCAAGAAACUAUUUCCUGAGGAUGAAUACGAUCACUUGGACUACUCGCGGCCGAGUACAUCGCAGAAACCGCAUUAUCAUCGCAUGAACGACACCGUGCUUAAUAUAAAUCGUGAUGAGGAGAAGCCGAGUAAUUUGAAAGCAAUGAGUCAUCUACUAGAAAAACCAACAGCUAACGGCACAGCGGCUGCCGCCUUCGAUGAAGCGGCGGAAGAUGAAGAUGGAACUGCCUCUACAUCAAUGGCAGCGCUAGCUAAGCACUAUAUGACAAAUACGGCGGAGGAUGCGACAAGCGAUAGCAUUUGUGAUAACGCAUCAACCGCCUCGCCAAGCUCCAGUCCAGGUCAUGCUAUAUAGAAAAAAAACAACAGUAGAUACAUUUAAUUUGUUUGUGUAAAUGCGUCUAGUUAUUGUUUAUGUAUGUAUAAUUUAAAGUAAUUUAUAUAGCUUGUGUGCUGAUGACAUGGAAAUCAUCUGAAAAAAUUAGUGACAAUUGUUAGAUGCCACGCUGAAAAUGUAUACAUAUGAAAGUGGAUCGUAUUUGAACGCGCCCACACACAUACAUAUUUAUAUGAACGAAAAGCAGCGCUGCACAUUCUAUGUAGAAGUGUGUGAAAGUUUGCAGCGUAGCUUCCUUUUUAAAAUAUAUUUUUUAACAUUUUUUUAUUUGUUUAAUAUUUAUUCAAUUGUAUAUUGUCUAUUUUCGAACUGCAUACACCAAUAUUAAGUCGAUAUAUAUUUGUAUAUUUGUAUGCUCGAAUAAUGUUUGUAUAUUUUUUUUUUAUGAUUUCGUUAACUAAUAAAAAUAACACUGGCCGCUGGCCUUAAAUUCCGGUAUAAUUGAGAAGCAAACGAUGCCAAUAUUCGUAAUUAAAUUUGUUGCAAUAUGCUCAAUUAAAAAAAAAAAAAUUAAAUUUUAUACAUUUUAAUUUAAGCCAAUUUUAGAUUUAUGUACAUAAUUUGCAGAUUUUUUGUAAGCAUGAACAUUACUGGGUAUGUUGCGUGGUUGAUAUUUUAAUUAGUAGUGAUAUUAUUUAUAGCAUGCAUAAAAACAUAUAAUGCACAUUAAGUACUCGUAUGUAUGUAUUUCAUAUAAAAAGAGAAACAAAGAAAAGCGAAACAGAUAUAUAUAUAAAUUAAUGAAAUUCCCCUGCUGUCUAAAUAAAUAGGCUAAUCCUGUUUCUGGAAAAACAGAAAAUUUAAAUUUUUUGUAAAAAAAAAGUUUUAUUGUUUUUCAAAAUAUUCGCCCAUAAGAUCUAUACAUUCGAGGAAACCAGUUAUCGAAACAUUUAUGCCACUCUGAAGUGGAUACCUCAACAAUAUAGUUUCUUGAAUGCUUAAACGGCAUCUUCAGAUUUUGAAAAACGCUCACCACGCAUUUGUGUUUAAUAAACGGGAAGAGGAAGAAGUCAUUACUCAUUAUUUAGACUUUUUUCUCUCCUUGUCUCGGUGAAGUUUGGAGACAAAUCGGUUUCGGCGUGGUUCCAAAAUACAUCAUAUCGCUAGUUUUAAAGUAAAAAGUGGCUAAGUUCAGUUUUUCAAAAUUUACAGGAGGGAAUAAAAACCUUUCAAGCUCAUUUUAAGUUGUAAUUUAAAUUUCGCAUAUUCUAAGCUAAAACAACUUAAAACGAUUAAAAUUCUACAACGCAAAUGACAAAUUUUUAUAUUCCUUGGCACUUAUCAAUUUUUGUGUGACUUUUUUGGACUUAGAACAUUCGCGUAUAGCUGAAUAGAAAUGGUUAGAUGGUUUGUUCUUUUCUGUAACUGUGCAUUUUUAAUUGUGUAUACUUCUUGCAUCCAAAUAUAUGUUUUCGUUUUAGAAAAAUUGGACUUAGCAACUUUUCACUUAGGAAAAUUGUGAUGCAUUUUUCACUCCUUGUAUGCUGGGCAGGUGUUUCCCAGUUAAUCAAUGCAGCUUCAUGUCCCUUCUCCAGUCGUAUGGGUGCCGUCUUACAUACAUGUUGCGGUGGGAAACAGAACUUGUUGGUAUAGUUCCCGGGAGUAUCUGACUUCGCCUCGUGAAAGUCGCUCGAGAGGGCAGUCUGCAGUCGUAUGUAGACCAGCACUCUGGCAUAUUUGCGGGUUUCUGACCACACUGGUACUGCGUAGUUCACCAAUCACCUACCGGACGAUUGGUUGUAGGUGGUUGGUAGUAGGAUUUCCGAAAGCUAGCGACUUGUGAACUAUGUUGCUUUCCCGAAUUCGCAUUAGUGUGUGCUCAAAAAG